UCUACUCCACCGCCACCCUCUUCUCCAAAAUUUGAGGUUUAGGAAUCCAAAUCUUCCCCCUAAAAUGUCAAAUAUAUCUCCGGCGGCCGACCCAACACCCGGAAAAAAGCGCCAACCCCUUCCAUGGACACACCAAGAAACUCUCAACCUAAUCCAAGCCUACCAAGAAAAAUGGUAUUCUCUCCAACGCAGCAAACUCAAAGCCUGGCAGUGGCAAGAGGUAGCUGUAACCGUCGCUGUACGCUGCGGCCACUUAGACGAUUCACCCGCCAAAACCGCUCUCCAGUGCCGUCACAAGAUGGAGAAGCUCCGCCGUCGUUACCGCUCUGAACGCCAAGGUCUCGCUUCGGGAGCCCAUUGGCCUUAUUACGACGCCAUGGAAGCUCUCGAGCACGAGCCUUUGACUAUCUCGGCUCGACCGUUGGCUUCCUUGGUUCCUACCAGAGGGCUAAAAUUCUAUUCCGAAAAUGGACAUGAAGCUGGGAAUAAUUACUAUAGAGAUUAUUAUUAUGAUGAUGAUGAAGAAAACAACCAGUUCAGUAAAAGCCGCAGUAUUAACAAUAUAUUGCGACGGCCGAGUGCUGUGAACCGGUUUUCUGGGUUCUUAAGCGGGGGAAGGAAAAGGAUUAGAGGGGAAGAGGAGGGGAAUAAUGACGUGGCAGUUGUGGCAAUGGAGGAAGAGAACAAGGGAAUGGCACUAGCAGUGGAAAUAAGGAGAUUUGGUGAGAAGCUAAUGUGGGUAGAAAGGAAAAGGAUGCAAAUGAUGCGAGAAACUGAAAGAUUAAGAAUGGAAAUGGAGAACACAAGGAUUGAGAUGAUACUGGAUGCAAAUAAGAAAUUUGUGGAUGUGAUCUCAGCGAGUUUCGGCUCAAGCAAGGUGGAUCAAAAAUUGGGUUCCUGAAGAAUCUCGGAGCAGGUUCGGGUUUCAUACAAUCAAGAUUUUUGCAGGGCAACUGUUUAUAUAUAUGUAUAUAUAUCUUGCGGGAAGAAUGUAUGAUGUUCCCGGAAUUAUUCACGUUGCACUUCGCACUUGUUUGUGUUGGUGUUUUAACAUUUUGAAAAGUUGGAACCUUACUUUGAGUCGGUGGUUUAGCUGUGCUAGUCUAAAAUGACUGCUGGUAUAUACCAGUGACUUCUUUGUGCUCCAUGGAUCAACCCUAGCCAUUAUUUUUUGAAUGAUUAUGUAAAGAUAGGGAUUGCCGUGUUGCAUUACAUCCCUGCUGUAUUUUUUUA